GACACUAGAGGCUUUUUCUGCUGCUAGGUCCUUGUGUUGUUUUGGUUAGCUGAUGUUAACCCAUGCUUUCUGCUGUAGCCGGCGGUAACGGUGAUGGCUCUCCUAUGAGGCGGGGGAGCUAGACGGUGUUUUCUGACUGAACACCGACUAAGUGCCGUGGCCAUGGCCGGGGUUUUCGACAUCGAUUUGGAUCAACCGGAUGAGAAUGUCUCUGACGACGAACUUGAGGACGGGGGCCAGUUCAGUGAAAACAUGGACCAGUGCAGUGGCUAUGAUUUUAACAUGGAUGACUGUGAGAAGUUUGAAAUUUCAGAGAACAGCGUGAACAAAGGAGCAGAGCAGAUCAGGCCUGAAUGCUUUGAGCUGCUGAAGGUUUUGGGAAAAGGUGGCUAUGGAAAGGUGUUUCAAGUUCGGAAGGUAUCCGGUGCCACCUCUGGGAAGAUAUUUGCUAUGAAAGUUUUGAAGAAGGCCAUGAUUGUGCGUAAUGCAAAGGACACGGCGCACACCAAAGCUGAGAGGAACAUCUUGGAGGAGGUGAAGCAUCCUUUCAUUGUGGAUCUCAUCUAUGCCUUCCAGACCGGGGGAAAGUUGUACCUCAUCCUGGAGUAUCUGAGCGGUGGGGAACUGUUUAUGCAACUGGAAAGAGAGGGCAUCUUCAUGGAAGACACAGCAUGUUUCUACCUGGCCGAGAUCUCGAUGGCACUGGGUCACCUGCACCAGAAAGGCAUCAUCUAUAGGGACCUGAAGCCUGAGAACAUCAUGCUCAACAACAACGGACAUGUGAAGUUGACAGACUUCGGCCUAUGCAAAGAGUCCAUCCAUGACGGAACGGUCACCCACACCUUCUGUGGCACUAUCGAAUAUAUGGCUCCAGAGAUCCUAAUGAGGAGUGGACACAACCGAGCAGUGGACUGGUGGAGUUUGGGAGCUCUCAUGUACGACAUGCUGACAGGAGCACCUCCAUUCACUGGUGAAAACCGAAAGAAGACAAUUGACAAAAUCUUGAAAUGCAAACUCAGCCUUCCACCUUACCUCACACAAGAAGCCAGGGACCUCCUGAAAAAGCUGCUGAAACGAAAUGCCUCAUUGCGUUUGGGGGCCGGACCAGGAGAUGCCACUGAGGUCCAGGCCCACCCAUUCUUCCGGCAUAUAAAUUGGGACGACCUCCUCGCUGGCAAAGUAGAGCCUCCGUUCAAACCUUCCCUGCAAUCGGCUGAUGACGCCAGCCAGUUCGACUCCAAGUUCACCAGCCAGACGCCGGUGGACAGCCCCGACGACUCCACGCUCAGCGAAAGCGCCAAUCAAGUCUUCCUGGGUUUCACAUAUGUAGCCCCAUCUGUGCUUGAAAACGUCAAAGAAAAGUUCUCGUUCGAGCCAAAGGUCCGCUCACCACGGAAGUUCCCCGGUAGCCCAAGAACACCUGUGAGUCCACUAAAGUUUGUAGGAGGGGACUGCUGGCCCCGGGGACCCAUGCUGACCGGCAGCCCUUCCCUGCAACCCAUGGAGGUAUCGACAGUGGAGCAAAUGGACACAAACAGUAGUGGCAACUCUGAAGCCUCUGCGCCACUUCCCAUCAGGCACCCCUCAGGCAUUAAUGCUGGGCCCUACAAAAAGCAGGCCUACCCCAUGAACUCCAAGCGGCCCGAACAUCUACGAAUGAACCUAUGACGCCCGGCUCGCACACGAACAUUAGGAAUCUCCCUCCCUCUCUUCCCUGUUUAUUGUUUUCUUUCAGAGAGACUUGUAGGAUUAUUUUUUAAAAUUGAAUUGACGCCGUCAAUGUCGAUCACCAGCUCUUUCAGCAGCGCCUUCCCUUUUCUUGGCCUCCCAAAUCCUCCUGACUCCGCCUGACUUCCUCAGCCUGAUGCAGAUAAUCAGCGGUUUAAGUACAGUAAAUAUGUGGUGUGGCGUGAGAGAGGUGCUUUUCAAUGAAAACAGACUUGCUUGUCGGCUCUGUAAUGCCAGCUGAUGAGUGAGCCUAGGUGGUUUUGGUGUACUCAACUGGCAUUAUCAUACGAUUUACUGGUGCUCUUUUAUCCUCAAGUCUGGACCGGUUGUUCCAUCACAGUGGGAGAAUAUGUAACAAAGGGAAUUUAUUUCUCCCUCAAUAAGGCAGGCAUUUUUUUUAUUGUUUAUUUAAUGAUCAUCUUGCGAUAAGACCUUGCAAGUUACACUGUCAGUAGGUAGAAUUAUCGGAUAACAUUUCCACAAUGAACACAGUAUUCCUUCAUGUUUGAGGAAACAUUCACAUUGCCUUUGUUACUGGAGCACGGGCUACGGAAAAGCAGCUAUAAAAAGAGAAGUGAAAUUUCAGCUGAAAGCAUCACUUCCACCACAAUCAAUACCAAAUGCUGGCACUGCUUUACUAGUCCGACUGGAAUGCUUUCUGUAGGAAGCCUGUCCAGAAGCACUGUUCAGUUCCUUUUGUGUUGAAUGUAAACAGACUCUAAAUGCCUUUUUUGUGUGUGUCACUGUCCUGCGCGUAGCUCCGAUGACCCCUGCAGCAUUAUUUUUAACUCAUCUAUUCAUGCCGCCUCAUUGCCACCGUCAUAACAAACACGUUGACUCAAAAUAAGCUCAGCCAAAAAUGACAUGACUGCCUUCUAUUGAUUCAGGCAGCGUUCAUGUCUUAUGUGCUCGGGUGCUUUGCAUAUGCUGUAUGUGCAUUUACAGUAACAGGGCUCUUAGUGGUAGGAAUUUAAACCAAGACUUAUUUGGGUGGACCAUCUGCUAACUCUGUUUGAACUGAGAUGUAUGACCUCUUUGUGUGAUGUUAAGCUGCUAUAUGAGCCUCUGGAGCCGAGCCAUCCGAAACUUCUCACCGUGAAACUGACCACGCCGUCGGACGCGGAUUCCCAUGAUGCCAACAGAAAAUUAAAUGAAUGAAACUGAGCUUAGGUUUGAAUGGCUUCCCGAUGUUUUGUGUUUCUUUUUAUCCAAAUACUUGUGUGUUUAGCAAAUUGACCAAAAGUACUGUUUUACCAAAUGAUUUUUGCAGGUUAACUGCUGCUGUUGCUGGUUUUUACUACAGGGUUCAUCCGUCAAAUAUGUUUUGUUCGUAACGUCGUAUUUGAUCACACUGACCACGUUGUUGCUUGCAUUUUUAAUGAUUAACAAGGACCAUGUCGGGCUGAGCUGAUGGAUUUUGGGUUUUGUUUUUCCAGUAACUUAACUUUUACUCACUUACUUUCUUUUUUUGAUUUGUUACAAUAUUAAUUUCAAGUGCCAUUGUGUUUUCACUCCAUUGUUCACACUAUGCAAACUAUUUAUUAUGUGGUAAUAUUUAGAUAAGGCAGCAGAAUGUGUGAUAAUUUCUUUUGGCAUUCCUGACAGAAACUUAUUUAUCAUAAUAAUAAGCAUGUACAAUAUGAUUUUAUUUCUGCAGAAUGUGUUACAGCAACCUCGGAUGCAGUUUUUUUUUUGUUUUGUUUUUUUUAUUCCAAAAUUGAGGACAGUGACCAAAUGGUCUAUCAGUAUUUAUUGUGGGGCAGAGUAUCCUAUUCAAGGUUGAUAUUUCAGAUGACAUUUUGAUAUUUUAGACUUUACUUGAAUUUCAGUUUGUAUUUUUUGCAGUGCUAAAAGCAAGGGCAGUUAUUGGGGGGGACAGAUGCAAAAACCAAUGGAUUGGCAUUGUGCCUUUGUUGACAAGAGUACAGUUUCUAUGUACAGUAUACUGUUUAUUGUUAAUGUGUGCUGGGAUUAAUCUGUAAGAUUCUGUUCCUGUUACAUCUCUCAAGGAUGUAAAUUUCUUUUCUUCACCAGUUUGUCAUAUGAUACACUUUGCUUCUGUUCAGGUAUGCUCAAGAAGUAGCCUUCACACAGAUGUUUGAGAAUAACCAAUUUAUCAAGCGUAAUUCAGGUGGGAAACACCAUCUUUGAGCAGAAUAGGUGUUAUAAUCACUGGUUGGCAUUGAAAAACAUUACUGGUCUUGCUUUGUCACCCCUAGAUCUGCCCUUCAGAUGGGGAAUGUUUAUAUGUAUCAUGUACAUAAUGAAGUCAAAAUAAACUAGAAUUACCAGCCCAAGGUUGUAUGCCUCCACCAACCAGUCAAGGUGCAGUUUACGGCAAUCUCUGUCGAGACUCAUAAUGUAUGUAGUGAAUACUUGGAAAGUACAGGGAAUUUAGGUUUUGCUAAAUGGAAGUUAUCACUAUAUUGAUGUUACAUGCGUAUGACCUCAGUGAAUAUACACUGUUGAACUGAUUAUUGAAGGAUUAUCAUAGAUGUAUUGGCCAAACAGGUACACAUGUACUUGAUUACUAUGUAAAGAUGGAUUCUUAGCAACACAAAAUGUGGUGCUUUUGUUUUCUCCUGGCAUUUUUAGAUGCGAAGCACCCUAUAUAAGCUGUAGGUGAAACUCGGUCACAGGAUUACAAUUAGCUAGGCGCGCUUCGGAAAUCUGAAUGAGGCAGAAAUCAAAAGGGCAGAAUCGAGAAUAUGGCAGAAAGCCUGUACUGCGCUAGUUAUUAUUUACUCAUUGUGUCGUCCCUGUCAACUUGUGUGAAAUCUGAGUCACCCUGUUCAUUCUUGGCUAAAAACCCGUUUUCAGGUCACAAUGACCUUUGACCUUUGGAGUCACAAUCUCCUAAUCAUGAGUUAUGGUGGUGAAUAACGGCCAAGUGUGUUUCCAUGACAUUUUGAUGUGAGUGAAGCUGACCUUUGAGUUAAAAAAUGUCAUAUCCCAUUAAACAUCUGUGUGGAGUUGUAUAA